CAAUUUGAACACUGGAGCAGAUGCUGUUUUCAACAUCUCCCCCUGUUCAAUUGCCCACUGUGUGGGUGGGAGUGUGUUUUCAAGCUACUUCCUGGGUGCCAAUGUGUGUUGUUGUAUGAGAAGCGGCCAGCAUCCAUAAUAGAGCCUGUGUGCUCUGAAUGGUAAUGAUGUGAGGGAGAUGUGAUGAGCACUGAAUGCCAGAGAUGGGCCACAAUUAAGUCACCAUUUACCAUCCUAGAGACGGAUAAGGGAAGAUGAAAUAAGAGCUGACGUAGGGAGGUUAACAAAAACUGGAUACGACAUGCUAAUGUGGGCUAAUUAUUAACCGACCAACGCAAAAUGGUUAACUCCAUACCACGCCUUAGUUUAUGUUUUAUUAUUAGGACAGGUGUUGCAUUAUUGGGACCUCCAUGUUGUUUAUGUCUUUAAAGAAUCCAGUACACCGACUGACAUUGUAGUGUAUGAUGUGUAUGCUUAGUGCCAAGGAGGGAAAGUGGUCUCUACUUUGCUUCAAUCAAUACAUUAUCAAAAAUGCAGAUGUGUAAAGUGGAUCUCUUAGAUCUUAGUGAAUCACACUUAGAUUGUUGUCUGCCUCCAAAUUAAACGUAUGGUUUCCUCCCUGGGCCGCCCUGGGAUUGAUAGAUAAAUUGAAAUAAGAAAAAAAAUAUUACAUUUGUUAAUAAUGUGCAUGAACAUGAGCCAUUUUCUAGAUAUUGGAGUAACAAAGCACGUUUGUUAUUGUGGUUGUCACGUGACUCUGACAACCAACCAUACUCGUGUUCUGCACCCGCAUAGAAUACUAUUCACCACCGACCAAUCAUCUGGCUCAAGUCAACCACAAUAAAAGAUGACACUACGUCUCAUAUCUUCAAAAUAAAAGCCUAUUUUUUUUGACAAUCUUUUGGGCAAACUAACUAGCAGUGAACAGUUAUAUAGAAAGUGUAGGGUGUUUUAUUUUAUAUAUAUAUAUAUAUGUUUUUUUAUGUGACAGAAGUUAAAUGCAAUUGCCAAUAACAUAAAUAAUCAAAUACUUUUAUCACAAGAAACCAUUACAUAGCUUUUGUAUUUCUGUGGUGUAAGAGUACCUUUCAUUAAGAAAAACGCAAUUGCACAGUGCGGUCUGUCAUUACAUUUCCUGUUAUUCCUCAUGUUUGCAAAUUGUCUUUAUUGCAUUAUCCCACAUUUGAAAGGGGUAUAGGUGAAUGUGAAAUUGUCUUUAUAUGAAAAAAUGAACAAUUAGUAUUCAUUCAACAUUUGUUUUGCUUUUAUCUCAUAAUGUGUAUAUUGGCAUGCUCCCGUGAUGUGGUGCCUUGAAUGGGAACAUCAGAAAUGCUAAAAGUAAACAAAUGUUUAUGCACAGAGAUGCAUAUUUGUUAUGGUCAAUGCGGUAAGGAUCAAGUAUGCCCCUCAAUAUCCAAGGGCAGCAUUUCGGCUCCCUGGUAAUAUACAUUGUUUCAGGCGAGGCUUCCACCGACGCCGCUUUCAUUGUGAAGCCUUCCGUCGGAAGUCUCGCUGUCCUUCCUCUCUACCUUGACAGGUGUGUGGGGCUCGCCGUGCUAUGGACCCGAUACCGUCCGGCGGACAGCGCGCUGCAGGCGGCCACACGCGGCGGCUGCUUCCCUCACGCUCACGUUACAACCCCCUCCCCGGCGUGUCGGUGCGACGAUGUGCUCGGUGCCGCCGGGUCGAGCGCCGGCCUCCGGUCCGUGUGGCAGGACGAUCAUCUAGAGUCACGGGGGGGGAAUUUAUCUCCCGCGACACGUGGAAGAGGCGGAGGACUGCGCGGCGGCUCGAGCUGCACGUUGCACGCAGGCGUGAUGCUUAGAGGCCGCUGCAUGAGGCAGCAAGCACGACGCGCAUGAUGGAGGAGGCUGCCAGUCGCCUCGAGCGGGACCAUGUGCACAACGUCUAUGACAAGAUUGCUCCGUACUUCAACGACAGCCGCUAUAAAGCCUGGCCGAAGGUCCGGCAGUUCCUGCUGGACCUGCAGCCGGGGAGCAUCGUGGCUGACAUUGGUUGUGGCAAUGGCAAGUAUCUGCACAUCAACAAGGAGGUGUUGAAGCUGGGGUGCGAUGUGUGUCACCCCUUGCUGGACUUUGCAUGGAGCCAAGGACACGAGGUCCAGAUGUGCGACGGGCUGCAUUUGCCUUACAGAGACGGCUGCUUCGACGCUGUGCUCUCGAUUGCAGUCAUCCAUCAUUUGUCCACCAAAGAACGCCGUAUCCGAGCAAUAAAGGAGAUGGCUCGCACCCUGCGAGUGGGCGGACGCAUCAUGAUCUACGUGUGGGCCAUGGAGCAGAAACGUCGGAAGUUCGAGAAACAGGACAUCUUUGUUCCCUGGAACCCCAACCCCGAGUCGCCCUGCGGCUCAACCGAGGAGCGCGCCGAACCCAGGAGCCGGGCCACGGGUCAGAGCGCGAGCGAAGCCAUAGACGACAACGCCGACAAGCACAGGAAAGUCCGAAGCACAUCCUCCGUGGCGGACGAGGAAGCGGACCUGGGCGGCGCCGCGCCGCAGCGGAGCGCACAGAGGCUGUGGUUCUUCUCCCGGUCCCUGGACUCCGUGUUUGACUUCGGAAGCCUGGUCAUCUCCCGCUCGUCCUCCAGAGAGCUGAGCACUUUGUCGCCCCCUCCCGGCGAAAACGAGGGGAACAAGGCCAGACGGCGCGGGAGACGGCGAGGCCUCAUCAGACAGGUAUCGAGCUUCUUUUCCCCCUCGCCCGUGAUCGGAUCCGAGGAGGACGUCUUCGACGCCGGCGCAGACCUGCGCGAGGGACAGAGGGAUCCCGGAAUAAGCGGCGGCACGCAGAGCGAGGGCGCCUCGGUGACGCUCGCGCGGGAGUGCGGCUCCCUGGCCCUGCCCGAUCUGGUCCCUUUCCAGAAGGAGCACCUGAUGCAGCCUGGAGACGAGAGGGAAGGAGGGCUGCAGGGAGAGGAGGAGCCGGAAAGCACAACGGGUUCUCAGGGGAGCGAGGGGCACGCGGAGGGCUCCUGCCUGAGGUACUAUCACGUCUUCAGGGAGGGAGAACUAGCAGAGCUGAUCGAGAAUCAUGUUGAAAAGCUUUGUGUCAAACACACCUACUUUGAUCACGCCAACUGGUGUGUGGUGGCAGAGAAAGUUCGGUUAUAGAAAAUCUGAUUUUAACUUGAUUUUUAUUGUUUUGCGUCAACUCUGCUGCAAGUGUUAGCACUGAAUCCCACAUUUGAUGACCAUGCAAUAUUGUGACUGGAAAGUGAAUAUAGAGAUGUAGAAGUUGUUAAAAGUACACUAAACUACUCCUUUGCUGCAAUUCUCUCCUUAGUGUAACUUAAUGGCAUCACAUGUCAUUUUAGAUGGUAUCAAUGUAAUGGUUUUCAUCAAUGGCCUUCAACGUAAAAAAAAAACUAUAUAGCUGUUUUUAUUGUAUAUAUCAACACAUGAAACCAACAAGCAUUAUCCACAUCUUCAGUGUGUGGGCCCUUUUAGUAUCAAUAAUUAUUUUUUAUUACUGAACCACAGCGAGCUCCAACGCCGCUAAUAAUUUGAACUCUCUUUAUGCACCAGAGAUUAAAAAGAAAUGCACUGUUUGUCUCUUUGGACUUUUGAUAUUAGCCAAAGAGGAAUUUGUGGAAUUACAUUACUCUUCCACCUGAUCUAAAAUGUUUUAUUUUGUUGAUUAGUGUAGAAUUCACUCAAUUAGUUAUUUUUGAUUCUUGAAAAUGAGCUAAAGUAUCUGUUAUUAACUUCUUGUGGACUCUCCAUAAUAUCGCAAAACGCCAUCAUAAGAAGAGCGAAAAGUUGUGCAGAAUAUCUUCCAAAGCAUUUGUGUAUUUACAUUUUAUUCUCCAAGUAUUUCAAAGCCUGAGCUGCCAGUGUUUGUGUGCUUGAUGUCUGUAAUAGUUGUAAACGUGUCUUGUGUUCGAUUAACAAAUACACUGCCUCAUAUAAUGUGAAUAAACAUUGCACUGUACCACAAAUAUACCGCUGCUCGAUGACUUAUUAGUGCAGUAUGUGUGGACCAACUGUUCAUUUUAAAGACACGCUGGUACCUUGAUGUCUUAUGUGAACUGUUGUAAAUACUUCUGAGUUUAAAUUUGUUUUUCAUUAAUAAAUAUUUUUGUUCAUGA